AUGGCAUGUGAGCAGCUGAAAAUUUUCGGAGUGAUUGUAGCAGGUCGCGCAAUUCAAACUAAUUUCAUCCAAAUGAGCGACAAGGAAUUCGUUGUUGAGGUAGACAACCCAGAUGUAGUAAAUCAUAUUGUGGUGUUCUUAACAGGCGUUUUGCCAUUCCCUGAAGGAAUGGGUGGUUCUGUUUAUAUAUGCUGGCAGAAAAGUGGGGUGGAAAUGAAUUGGUAUUAUCUUGGUUACAUUUCGAACGACAAACCGAGUGCAAUAUUUCGAGUUUCCCAACUUCGCAAAAAGGAUGUUAUGCACACUGGUCUGUUUACAUCAAUGGCCAGAUCAGACACGAAUAAAAAGCUCGGUAAUGCCCACAUUGGUGUCAGUGUAGAACCAAUUGCAAAUAUUAUCAGUAAAAAUCCAAGUGAAGAGACGGCAGUCAGUCAGCAGUCCACUCUGUUAGAGUUCUUGGAAAAAAUGGUCCAAAACUUUGUAAAUCACGUGUUAUCAUUUGCUGUCCGCAUGCCACGAAUAGAAAACCCCAGAGAACAAGUUGAUUUUAUCCCUACAUCUGCGAUACAAAACUGGUAUUCUAAUUUUUCACAGCGGUUACAGCAAAAUCCCGAAUUUUGGAAGAGUUUACCUUAA